UCAGUAGCAGCAACGGGCGAGCAGCUAUUGAAUAGCGAACAUAAAAGCUCCAGCGUGCCUACGAGCAAGUGCUAAGCGGUCCUCGAUCGUAACGAUUCCUCACGUCAAAAUGGCGCUAGCGAACUACGAAUCGCUAAUAGCAGCGCUGCUACUAGUGUGUGCUUGCUGUUCGUCAACAUGGGCACUAAACAUGCACGACGAGUGUCAGACGCCGGAAAACAAGCAGGGAACAUGCGUGCUAUUGCGAUCAUGUGCCUCUGUCCGCAAUCUGCUACUGAAGCCCGAUCAGACUGCCGAAGAUCGUGACUAUCUGAUGAAAUCCCAGUGUGGUAUGCAGGGCCGAUCAGUGCUUGCCUGUUGUCCGUUCUCACGCAAGCUUCCAUCACGAUUCGAUGCACCGGUAGAGCUGCCAAAACCGGGCGAGUGUGGUGUGAUGGGAGUUUCGGAGCGCAUCCACGGAGGAACGGAAGCACCGCUUGGGGCCUAUCCGUGGCUGGCAAGGAUUCAAUAUUAUAAAAGCAACAACCGCUAUGGCUUCCACUGUGGCGGCGUGCUUAUUCACCGGUCGGUCGUGUUAACCGCGGCUCACUGUAUAGAUGGUGUUCCGUCGAGCUGGAUUGUGUACCAGGUACGGCUUGGAGAGCACGAUACACAGACGACCAUCGACUGUGUCGACGAUGAAUGUGCUGAUCCAGUACGAGAUGUGCUGAUCUCGAACUAUAUCGUACAUCCCGAGUACUAUAAGGAGAAUGGCGCCGACUAUAAUGAUAUUGCGCUGCUGCAGUUAUCGGAAGCUGUCGCAUUUACCGAGUUUAUACGGCCCAUCUGUCUGCCGACGGCGGAUGCCAUUCGAGCGGACAAUCUGACGGGCAAGGUUGCAUCAGUCGCCGGUUGGGGUGCGACCGAGAAGAGCUCAUCGAGUACCAAGAAACUGCAUCUGCAGGUACCGAUCUGGGACAAUGAUGCAUGUGCCGAUGCGUACACGAAUGUGCGGCUAAGUAUCAUUCCUACACAAGUUUGCGCUGGUGGUGAGGCAGGGAAGGACUCAUGUCGUGGUGAUUCUGGUGGGCCUCUGAUGCGCUAUGCGACCUACAACGGAUCUACCAGAUACUGGUUCCUGAUUGGUGUCGUCAGUUUCGGAUUGGAGCGUUGCGGCACAUCCGGGGUUCCAGGAGUUUAUACGCGGAUUAGUGAAUACACCGACUGGGUCCUUGAGACGAUGGAAUAGAUUUGCGUAUAAAAGACCCCAGCUGAUUCGUAUGGAUUGCAUGUUGUUAUGCAAAAGCAUUAAAACAUAUCUUUAGCUAUCCCGAGUGUGACAAAUAAUAAAAUCCCCUUUGCUUUCGACUCGAACGAA